AUGGCUGCUCCCGCGACGCAAUCGCUCAAGUGCGUCGUGACCGGCGACGGCGCUGUAGGCAAGACAUGUCUCCUCAUCUCGUACACGACCAACGCCUUCCCGGGCGAGUACAUCCCCACCGUCUUCGACAACUACUCGGCAAAUGUCAUGGUCGACGGGAAGCCCAUAAGCCUGGGGCUGUGGGACACGGCCGGCCAGGAGGACUACGACCGACUGCGCCCGCUCUCGUACCCCCAGACGGACGUGUUCCUCAUCUGCUUCUCCAUCGUCAGCCCCCCGUCGUUUGACAACGUCAAGGCAAAGUGGUACCCUGAGAUAGAUCACCACGCGCCCGGCGUUCCCAUCAUCCUCGUCGGCACCAAGCUCGAUCUGAGGGACGAUGAGGCGACCAAGGAGUCGUUGAGGCAGAAGAAGAUGGCGCCCAUCCAGUACGAGCAGGCCGUCAUGGUCGCAAAAGAGAUCAAGGCGCAGAAGUACCUCGAGUGCUCCGCCCUCACACAGCGCAACCUGAAGAGUGUCUUUGACGAAGCUAUUCGCGCCGUCCUCAGCCCCCGUCCCCAGCAGUCGGCGACCAAGAACAAGAAGAAGUGCACCAUCCUAUAA